AUGCUUAUAAAUCUUAAAGUGAAAACUUUGGAUGCCCAGACCCAUGAGUUCAGCAUUGACAAUGAGAUCACAGUGCGUGAAUUUAAGGAUAAGGUGGCGGAGAAAACCAACAUUGCUGCCGAUCAGCAGCGUAUUAUCUACUGUGGUCGUGUUAUGGUCGAUGACAAACAGUUGAAGGAAUAUGAUGUUGACGGCAAAGUGGUUCAUGUGGCUGAAAGGCCUCCUCCCUCUCAACGUUUGGCUAACUCGGAGUCCUCGAGUUCCAAUACAACUGGUUCGGCAAAUGAACGUCGAACUCGCGGUAGAACUGGGGCUGGUGGUAUGCGCAAUUCACCCCUGUUUCGAGCUUUGGAUGGUAUGGUUGUCGGUACUAUGGCUUUUCCGGUAAAUGCGAAUGGCAAUACUCAAACUCCAGUAAAUCCUUUGGCUGUAUCAUCAUCUUUUUGCAUGAAUCGUAUUACCGUAGCUAGGCAUAUGCUUGACUGUGCUAAUAAUAUUGCUGCCUAUUUGGAAGAUCCAUCUAGAGGUUUAAAUAAUCAAUCUCUUGAUAUUUUGGCACGUGGUCGUUGGACUAUGGAAUCUACGGUCGUUGAGGUAGGUAUAACAUCGGAUAUACCACAAAGUCAACAGAUUGUUGAAAUGGUACAGGGAGCUGUACAGGCAGCAUUACGUCGUAGCGGCAAUACUAAUGUAACACUAGUACAAUUGCCCCCAGUAUUUAGUUCAGAGGAAUCUGGAACUAAUACCAAUAAUGGCACAGCCACCGCCACAACUAAUGCAACCACCGCAGAUGCAGCCGAGCAAAAUACACCAGCUGCAUCGGUGAUUAUUGAAGAUAUCGACGAAGAUGACGAUGAUAAUACACCAACAAAUGAGCAGAAUAAUUCAUCUGCUACUACACAAUCCACAGCAGACGAUAAUGCUGCCAAUGAAGAAAAUGCCGGCUCAUCAAGCCCAGCUGAAGGUUCUGAUGCUAAUAAUGGCGAUGCAUCCAGGCGCCGUACUGGAACACGAGUACUUGCAGGUGUAAUUGAACAAAUGCGCCAAGUCCAGGCUAGAUUAAAUCCAUUUGUUGAUCAAUAUUAUGCAUUGUUGCAAAAUGACCAAACCUUUGAGGAGAGUGACACAAAUGGUCGUGAAAAUGCUCAACGUCUAUUUGAUCGAGUUUCCGAAGCAUUCCACUAUUUGUCACAUGCACAGCAUGCAAUUUCUGAUUUGAUGUUGGAUGUUUCACAAUCUGCUCCGAGAUAUUUAACUUGUCGUCCGAUAUUAAUAGAACAAAGUGGUUAUGUUAGUUCUAAUAACUUCAUUACACCCGCCAUGUUCCCAGCUGCAUUGCGCCAAAACCAACAAGCCCAACGUAAUAAUACAACUACAAAUAAUACAACACCAUCGACAUCUAAUACAACGGGUUCAUCAACAAAUACAACAGCUCCCGCUGCAUCAACUUCCAACACUUCAUCUGCCAAUGGUGCUGAUACAAACAACGCUACCGUCGAUGAUCCAGUUGACGAUCCAGUCACCUGGCCGCCCAUUAUAAAUUUUGGUGCCCCCACAAAUGAUAGUAAUGCAAACAAUGCCAAUGAUGCUGCUGGUCGUGCCCCAGCUCAAGGUGGUACCUUAGAAAUUGUUUUACAACCUACACGAGCAUAUUACUUAGAACGCAAUUUCCAACGUCAAGUUGCCCGUUUGCUACAAAAUGUAGUCAGUGCAGCACCAUUUGAUACUGAAUUUCAUGUUCAUAUUAACAGUCCAAAUGUGGUAUCAAUUGAUGUACCCAUUGGUGCGGCAGCCACUGGCGCUGCUGCUUCAGGAACCGGAGGUACUAACUCCGAUAAUGCUGCACCCACAACAACAUCCACAGGCAGUAACGAUAAUGCCACAGCGACAACCGCUAAUUCAACAUCGUCCACAACUGGAAAUAAUGCUAAUCCGGCUCGUGUUACCACAGCUACACUACCAACAACUUCAACACAAACUCGUUCAACAUCACGUCCACAAGUACACAUUGGUAAUAUACCCGUUUUGGGUAUGCCUCCCGGUUGGAAUGGUCGUGUCUUACCAGCAAAUAAUGUAUCAUCAUUUGAUCGUUUCUUGUCAUGUAAUAGCCAUCAUGUUCGCGAUCAUCAGGGCAAUGCUAAUAAUGAUAAUACUGGCCGAAAUACAAAUCAAAAUAAUACAAGUACAUCGGGAUUGGGUAGCCUUGCUGCUCGUAAUCGAGCAAAUAUUAUUACACGACGACGUAAUAUGUCUGGUAUUUUACAACGUGUACGCCGUGCCUCAGCAGCUCGUACAGUGGGUUCAACAAUGACUGAUCCAUCACCGAAUGCCAACAAUAGUGCAUCAUCUUCAUCGUCAGGAAGUAAUCUUCUCUAUCAGCUGGGUAAUCGCAACAGCGCAGCUUCUUCAACAGAAACACGAAGGCUUAAUAUACACAGUCAGCUAAUGACAUUUAUCGAGAAUCAAAUGUUUAAAGGACAACCUAUCAAUGAGGAGAAUAUGAGUCCAGCCAUCAAUCGUGCUGUCCAAUGGUUUGGGGAAGCUCUGCUAUAUUUGCCACAAUACGAGAAACCCGAAUAUAAUUCUAGGGAUUCCCUAUUCAACAUUUUACGGGCCACUCUGCCAAUUGUCAUAAAUCUAAUGAACAAGAAUCCUGUAAAUUUGGCAGAUUUCGAGCAGAAACUGCGUAAGAUAUGUGAGGAAUUUAGAAAACGUUUGUACAGUGUCUUAAUCGUGUGUAUUGGUCGUGCUAAUGCUGACAUCUAUUGGGGUCAAUUGAUGCGUUUACUGUGUGUAUCUAUACAAUCAAAUUUCGAUGGAGAAGUUGUAGAAUUUUUGACUCUUUACUUAAGUCCCAAUUUACCAACCAGUUCCGAUGAAAAUGAUGCCCAACAAUUUAUAGUACAUCGUAAUUCAACCACUAACAAUAGUAGUAACAGUGUACCCUUGCCCAUGGACACAGAUGAAGAAAUGAACGAAGUGGCUGGCACUUCUCAGACUGAAGUUGAUGACGAACCAUUACCAAAUGUUGUUGCAGGUUCUUCGCCAUGGCAUCGUAACUUCCCCAAUGAUUGGUUGCCGAUUAUAACACGUGAUAUACAAAGACAAACUGAAAAUCCCCCCAAUCAGCCACCCUAUUCAGAUGCUUACAUAUCAGGGAUGUCAUCUAAGCGAAGAAAAUUAGUCCAGCACACUAAACCUCCUACAGAAAUUAGAGCCCUAAUAGCUGACAGUGUUGGCAAAGCCAUACAAAAUGCUGGCGUUGGAUCAUCAACUGCUGCAAACCAAUCACAGACGCCCGAAGAAAUUGCACGAGCAAUUGCUAAUGAUACAGCUGUACAGUCAUCCUGCACCGAUGCCAUACGUACCCAGGUCCGUGAACGACUUGAAAAAGAUCCCGAUUAUCAACCAGAAAAAUAUCCAAAAUCUGCAAAAUUUAUACAAAAAUAAUAAACUAAAA